AUGAAAACCAAACAGCCCAAAGAAGACACAGACAAGAGUAUAGAUGAGGAAGCUAUAGCUGAGCCAAAGACUCGUGCCAGGAAGAAGGCUUCAGACUUAGAAGAGGAAAAAUUAAAAACAAACCAAGAUGAAGCAAAAGUUCCUCAAGAAACUAAAAAGACAGUGGGCAAGCCCAGAACUGUAGUCAAGAAGAGACCACUAGGUAUCCGCAAAACAAAAACUUUAAGAAGCAAGAAGGUACCAGUAGUCAAGAAAAAUGUUAUGAAACAAACGGCAACCCGAGGUAGGAAGCCAAUUAAAAAACCUGACAAUUCUCAAGAGAAGGAAGCCGUCCCGUUAAUUCCUGUUUCAGAGAUAAAAAAAGAACCGGUUGAUGAGUCGACAUCUAACUCUAGGUCUUCAAGUCCUAAAACUGGUCGUAGGUCUAGAUUGAGUUCUGAUAUGGUCAUGAUGAAGUCAGUGUUAGGAGAUUCUCCUAGCAGCUUGAUACUCGGGCCCCGCACUAGCCCAUAUUCUAUGCGCUCAGAAAGAAGCAAUAGCCCUUCAUUGUUUGAUGGCAAAAACUUAAGGAGCGGCAAACCAAGAAAAGUAAAGAAUCUUCUGAACGAAGUUGUAAUCAAAGAACAGAAGAAGCGAAGACGACUCCUCUCUGACUCUAAGACUCUGGAUGCUGAAUCAUCUGAAGAGACUAAGAAGGUGAAGAGGGGCCGUUCCUGUUCUAGAGAUGGCAGUGAAAUCUCAAAAUGUUCAGAUGUAACUGAGUCAGACAUAAGUCUCAAUGACACAAUCAAUGAAACCGAAAAGGAGCUCAAAAAAGUAGACAAAUCUAAGACUGACCUAGAUGUAGAUAUUGAAAGUAAUGUACAGAUCUCGACUAUUGAAAAAGUGCCUUCCCCUACUGAGUCUAAACUGGAAUUCAAACCAGAAGCGGAGCCUAGUUCCUUAGCAAAAGAAACAAGAAGAUUGAGCUUAAAACGAAGUACUUCAUUAGAUUCCGACAACAAUAAUAGUAAUAGGGUUAAGAUAAACAAUUUAAAUUCAGCCGAUAUUGAACUCAAAAUGUUUGAGACUGAAAACGAUACGCUUUUAGAGGACCGUAGUAGUAUAUUGAAUUGCAUGUCCAAGACAUUUAACUCAAAGGAAGUUUCAAAGAAUAUAAGGAAGGCCAGAAGAGGAAAGAAGACUGCUCCGACUCCUAGAAGUACAGCCAAUCAAAUCGGAAAAAGUGGCUCUUUAGAUACGGAUUUAUCAGAAACUGUAGACACAGUUGAUAGCUUAUCUAAGGAAAUCACUGAUCUCAUCAAUAAUUUAGAUCAGAAUAUAGACUGUGAUCAGGAAAGCACAACAAACGAGAGUAACGCAGUAGCGGCGGCAGAUCAGGUGGCAUCAAAAUCUGUUAGACAAUUCUAUGGCUUAUCAAAGCCUCUUGGCGAUAAUAACAGUAUUGUCACACCAGAAACGGCCACUAAGGAUAAGGAACCUAGCUUAACCACAGAAAGUACGACUAUUAAAGGCGAUGAUAGUGAAAAUAUUCGGCAUUUCGAAGACUCUUCGGAGAAAGCUUCAGAUAAACCAGAAAUCACUUACAAACGCACCACAGUAGCUAGCAUAGACAAAUUGAUGGAUAGGCUCAAAGAAUUUGAAGAAUUCGACAAGAGGCGAAAGCGACAGCUAUCCGAAUCGAAGUCUAAUGACAAAUCAGUCAUGGUGACUAAUGACGUGGUCCUAAUCCCGAAAUCGGGUGACAUCAAGCCCUUAAAGGACAUGCAACCUGAAAAAUCUCCAGAGAGGAUUAUAGAAAAGGAGAACGUGUUAAGUUGUUUCGAGAAUAACUCUGCAAUAUCCAUAGUCAAGAGGGAUCAAGUACGUCGGUCCAUAGAUCUAGAUCUUCCAAACUCAGUCACUCUCAUAAAACGCAACAGCGUCACGGCACGCAAAGAGUCUACGAACUCCAAUCAUUCAAAAGAAUCAGAUGCUAUAAGUAUAUUCGAAAAAUCCCUGGGAAAAGAUGUCACAUUAACAGAGAUAAGAAAAUCUGUAGACAAAACCCCGCCCGCGCCUCCAGUCGACCUGCAUCAAUUCGCCACUUUGCAGCCGAAUAAUCCAACGCAGACUAUAGGAGGGGUCAUUCUCGAUUCAAGCCAAAUCUCCAUCACACCUUGCUGUAUUGAAGCCAAAUUACCCUGUGGAGAUGUAAAAAUAACCAAAAGGAACUCUAAAGACUCUUUAUCGCGAAAGUCGUCCGGUUCCGGCGCUGAGUUAGAUGAUAAAAUGGCGACUAUAGAGAAAAUCAAAUCACAACAGCAGAAAUCUCCGCAACAGAUCAAAAACUUUGAAGUGUCGAUAACUCCUACGCCGGUGGCAGUUAAAUCACCAGAAUCCACGCCUAUAGAGGCAGAAGCUUUAGCGCCGCCUUUAGAAGAUGUAAAACCGAUUCCCGAAGAGAUAAGCACGUCAGAAACUGUGAAAGUAGAAACAGAAGAAUCCGCGGCGGUGACGAAAGUUCCUGAAGUUGCUUUAAAACUAGAAGCGGAUAAAGUAGAAAAGGAGCCGGUGAAAGAAGAAAAGCCAGCAGCUGAAGUAGUAGAAGAUAAACAAGAAGAAAAGAAAGCCUCGGAAGUUAGCACACCUGUAACAGAACCUAAGAUAGACGAUAUUAAAGUGACUAAACCCGUAACUAGAAAUAAAUCUGCGCGUAAUUCAACUGAAAUUCUAGCUGGACCAAGCAAUCUACUUCACGAAACGCCAGAGAGUCAAAAGCGAAAAGAGAAUGUACUGCGGACGUUGGGACUGCUAACUCAUAAAGCGGCCAAUGAGGCUAAAGCUAAGAAAUUAAAGGAGAAAGAAAUGAUUUAUGGCGCGAACUAUAACAUCAUGGGUAAAGGGAAGGCGUCGAAAUCAGAUUAUACAGGGACAUUAAAGACUGUGAUAAAGUUGAACCGGUCUGAUAAAAAGAAGCACAGGAGCUCGCUGAAGAUGACCUUUCAGAAGAGCAAGAAUAGGGGCAAACCACCGAUGGAGGUAGGAGAGGCUGGCAGUGAAGAUGACGCGUACUAUACAAUUGAGAGGAGAGAGGGAGUCGCCGGCGCACCGAUCGAUGGUGGGCACAGAAAGUCAUACAGUAAUAGAAGUAACAACCACGAUGCAGAAACUGCACCAGAACCUGAAUCUAAAGAGACUGUAAACUUAGUAAUACCGGAGAAGGCGUCUUCGUUCAGCAUCCACCCGGGUAGACUCUGCAUGGACCAGUGCUUCUACUGUGGGGGGAAGUUCGGCCUCUUCGACACGCCGUGUCACAUUGCGCAGAUGAAAAGCAGCGAACGACAGAAAAAAGUGUUGGACAACGAAGAGAAACUAACAAUAGACAGCUGUUUGUGUGACGCCUGCUACCGCCACGUGGACAGACGCGCAAACUGCCCCUCCUACAGGAAACGACCCUUCGCCAAACCCAUGGAGCCACCCACUAUCAACCCAACGUCACCGCCAGACAACGCUAUUUCAGAGAAGCCAGUUAGCCCACCGCUUGAUGAGGAGAGCGAAGAAGAACCCUCAGAGGCCCCUGGAAGGUUGGCAACUUGUCACACCAGUGGAUGUGCCACGCCCGCUGACCACUCGAUACGGAGGAAGUGGCUCAUUAAGAUGAGGACCAGUGUCAACAAGUUGCUGAAACUGGACGGCGAUUACCCUGGUUUGCACACGAUCCCACUGUGCGGAGAACACUAUCGUAUCCUGAGCCCAUUGAUGGCCUGCGUAUUGUGUCGUCGGCGCCUCACGAAACACCACAACCUUCAUUUCAUACAUCAUGGUUACACAGAUCUGAAUCCCUUACUGAAAGAGGCUGGAGUACCAGUUCAGUUCACAGAGCGACCUGUGCUUUGCAAAGUGUGCCGUUACUACUGUACUUUGCUCCAACGGCCAGGGCACAACGACAACCACGCAAGAGCUUAUAGGAGAAAAUUACUAGAAAUCUACAACAUAGAAAUACCGCCAGAGCUACAACAGGAGACGGCAGACACAUCCGCGCUAGAAGACUGUAACAACGUCGCAAACCGACAGAAGAAGAAGACAAAGAUCAAAAUCAAACAACGCAAGUCCACUGAACCGGAAACUAGCGAAUCCUCAGAGAGAACAACGGAGAGUUCGCCGGAGAAGGAGAAGAUAAAAGAAGAAGAACCACCAAAGAAUACUCAGUCGCUAGAAGAAGAUAUAGAGAGUCUCAUUUCUUCCAACAAAAUACCAGUUCCCGGUGCAAAACCACAGGAACCACAAAGUGAUUGCUCAGAAACCGAACACAUAGAUGAAUCCCCAAUUAUCGCAGUAGACAAACAAACAGAAUUAAGAUAUCUCCUACAGAAGCAAAACAACCCAGCGCAAUUCCAAAAACUCAACCUAACACAGAAGAAUAGGAAUAUUCUAAAGGUACAAAGUGUAGGAAUACAGAAAGUAGGACAACAGAACAGAAUAACAGAGAAGAAUGCAAAACGGUUACACAAGCUUGGGCAAAUAGUUGCACACAGAGAUAAGCCUAAAAAGGAGGGAGAAUUGGAAAUCUUUGAUCCAGAUAAAAAUAAAGAAAUGCCCAUAAUAAAGAACAUAUCCCUCAACGAUGAAUGCACAAUAGAGUCUAUACCAAAUAAGCGACCAGCAGAUAUCAACACCCUAAAAAACAAAUGGCAGCUGUCAGAGAGCUUUAGUCAAGUUAAGAAGAACUUAAGCGAACUCUCGAAAAAGGUCGACCCGCACAAAGAUGGCAAGAAGCUAUCCGAAUCGAAAUACUCAAAUCCCGUUAAAAGGUUAGAGACUAAUCCAUCUAUAUCAGUCCGAGAGUUGUUCCCCGGUGAAGAAGAGAUGAACUUACAGUGUAAUAUCGAGUUCAAUAACGUAAAAGGGGUGACCCCAGAAGGCUGGGAAAAAUGUAACUCUGUCAUACAGUAUGACCUGGAGACAAAGAAGCUAUGGAACGAAUUGCAAAGGCCGUACGGAAACCAAUCUAGCUUUCUACGGCAUUUAAUUUUACUAGAGAAGUAUUUCAGAAGUGGAGAUUUGAUAUUAUCGCAUAACCCGUCACCACAUGCGGCAAACUACAGCAAUUCGGUACAAAAUAGACUAAAGGCAUACGACAAUGUACCGCCACCUAUGGAAACCCAAAAGACCUCAAGUCUCAUUGAAUUCCGAAAAAAACCGGCUGUGAACGGAAAGAGUCUUCUCAAGUCCAGUCAGAACUCUGAGAAGAAGUUCAUGCCACCACCAGAAUUCACGAAACCCACCCCGAAAGCGAAGAAGACAAAGCAAUUACCCCCUGAAUUAAUAGCAAUUAACACACCCAGUGCUCAAGGAAGAAAAGCCAUACAGAAUGUAUUACAUAAUAUUCAACAGCUGGUUAAGGGUGUGUCUGCAUCUGACCCCACUGAGGUAGCGGCUGCCCCAUUGCCUCCACCUAAAUUUGAAGCACCCAAAGAAAAGAAAGAUCUGCCAAAGGAGACUAAGGAAAAGAAAGAAACGGUAAAAGAAGGCAAAGAGAAGAGAGAUACACCGAAGAAGCAGAAGGCGAAUAGCAAAGGUUGGAGACCAACUCUGAUGCCUAUAACACCAGAGAACCUUGCAAAAAUCGCGCGGGAGCCACUCAAAACUGCUGUCGACGGCCACAGCCUUCCCAGCCUCGUACAAGUCGUAUCAGCCGGGAAUAGAUACCAUAUUACCUUCGAGGACUACAACAAAAUGUGCCUCAUCCGAAAAGAGAGGCAGCAACGUCUUCAAGAAAAGGAAUCUAAAGCCAAAAAACCCAAUGAAGAAACAACAGUAGUCACUGAAGUGCAAACGUCCGCUUUGCUCGGGAACGGAGGAACAGUUGUGCAAAACCUCAGUACAGACAAAGAGGAUAAACUAACCGAAUUGCAGAUAGGAUCAAACGCCGCGACGAUAUUGAAGAACGUCGGUCUCAAGAACAUAACCAUCGCGCCGAUACCGCCGAAGACUUCUACGGUGACGUCACAGACGCUCUCGUUGGUGACGUCGCAACCCCUGUCCCUCGUCUCGUCGCAAAUAGUAACGAACACGGUGAAGCCACAGCUGCUGACAGCGGUGUCGUGCGACAGCCCCACCGCCUCUGCGCAGUUGCCUAAAAUCCCCAAAUCGCUGACGGUCAUCCCAAACGGUAUCCCCCAAAUCGUCCCCGUGGUGACGACGGCCCACUCCCAGAGUGACACGAGACCAUAG